UAUAUAAUAUAUAAAUGAGGAAGCUAAUUCAGCAUCAUAUCAUAUCAUAUCAUUUUCAUUUCCUUCAAAUCUACUGCUAGACUCCAUUUUCAUAUCUAAAGAUGGCAACUAAACCUCAUUACGAGGGUCGCAAUGAUAUAGAAGAAUUGAAGGAUUCAAAAGGAUGGUUGCUUAAGCCAGGAGCACUUAAUAUUGUAUGGGGUAACGACAACCGUUAUUGGAGCAUGCCAACUGGGUCUGGGACUAGGCAGGAAGAAGCGGCGAAGCUGUUGCAAGUGUGUUGGCUAGAAGUGACAGGGUCAACCAAGAACCCCCUAUCCAAAGGCAAGAAGUAUGGAAUAAGCUUUACAAUAGAGUUGAUGGAUGGAGCCUUUGGCUGGCAUGGAUGCCCUGUUUUUAUGAUGGCUAAAAUAGGUAAGAAAGGAAAAUACAGGUGGCAAAAGAGUGACUUGUCAAGCCUUCCUAAAAACCAAAAACUUGAAAUCCCACUUAAGACUAGUGAAAACAAGUACCCAUUUACCAUUGAUGUUAAUCCUAGUGAAGAUGAUCCUGUGCUCUACUUUGGGUUAUAUGAAGUAUGGACUGGAAAAUGGAAGGGUGGUUUGAACAUUUACCAGGCCAAGAUUGAGGAGAUUUCAUCAACUUAAUUACCUUCAAGAACCAUUCCUAGUUUUAUUAAUUAUACAAUAAUGAUGAUGGAACUUUCUAUUGUCCAAACAAGGAAUUUGAGAAUAGAAAGAGGAAAAGGGUGUAUGUAUCUUUAAUCUACUUGUUUAUUGUCUUGCAAUUAUUAAAUGAAUGCCUUAUGAACAUCUAAUGAAAACUGAAAUCAACACUUUUUGUAUUGAA